AUGAAGAAGAGACAGAUGGUAAUAAAACAAAGAUCAAGAAACUCCAACACGUCGUCCUCUUGGACUACUACUUCAUCGGCGACCAGUAACGUCCGUUACUUGGAGUGUCAGAAGAAUCACGCUGCUAACAUUGGAGGUUACGCCGUCGACGGUUGCCGUGAGUUUAUGGCCGCCGGCGAGGAAGGAACCGUGAAUGCUUUGAGAUGCGCCGCUUGUGAUUGUCACCGGAGUUUUCACCGGAAGGAAGUUGAUACGGAGGUUAUUUGUGAAUACUCUCCACCUAACGUUUGA